CUUUCGGGGGCGCCCCAGCCCCGCCCCAUACCUGCGCGCCGGCCCCGCCUCCACUGAUCCAUUGGCUAGACCCGCCGCCCGUCAGGCGAGCCCCCGCGGCCCGCCCCCAGCCCCAGAGCAGCGCCUCUUAGAGCUGGGGCCACUGUGCCAGCGCCACUCUGUCAGGCUGCGGGCCAUCUUCCGAGCUACGCCGCCCGCCAACCCAUUACCCACGACCGGCCGCCCGCCGCGGGUUCAGGGCGGACCAUGCGCCCGCCGAGCCCGCCGCCCGCCCGCUGGCUCUGCGUGUUGGCAGGAGCCCUCGCCUGCGCCCUCGGCCCCGCGGGCGGCCGGGCAGCCAGAUUGCAGCAGGAAUGUGAUUAUCUGCAGAUGAUCGAGGUGCAGCACAAGGAGUGCCUGGAGGAGGCCCAGCUGGAGAAUGAGACAGCAGGCUGCAGCAAGAUGUGGGACAACCUUACCUGCUGGCCGGCUACCCCUCGGGGCCAGGUAGUCGUCUUGGCCUGCCCCCUCAUCUUCAAGCUCUUCUCCCCCAUUCAAGGCCGCAACGUGAGCCGCAGCUGCACAGAUGAGGGCUGGACACAGCUGGAGCCUGGCCCCUACCCUAUUGCCUGUGGCUUGGAUGACAAGGCAUCAAGUUUGGAUGAGCAGCAGCAGACAAUGUUCUACCACUCCGUGAAGACUGGCUACACUAUCGGCUACAGCCUGUCCCUUGCCACGCUUCUGAUCGCCACCGCAAUCUUGAGCCUGUUCAGGAAGCUCCACUGCACGCGGAACUACAUCCACACGCAUCUCUUCGUAUCCUUCAUCCUGAGGGCUGCUGCCGUCUUCAUCAAAGACUUGGCCCUCUUCGACAGCGGGGACUCAGACCACUGUUCUGAGGGCUCGGUGGGCUGUAAGGCAGCCGUGGUCUUUUUCCAGUACUGUGUCAUGGCCAACUUCUUCUGGCUGCUGGUGGAGGGCCUCUACCUGCAUACCCUGCUUGCCGUCUCCUUCUUCUCCGAGCGGAAGUACUUCUGGGGGUACAUACUCAUCGGCUGGGGGGUGCCCAGCACAUUCACCAUGGUGUGGACCAUCAUCAGGAUCCAGUUUGAGGAUUAUGGGUGCUGGGACACCAUCAACUCCUCAUUAUGGUGGAUCAUAAAGGCCCCCAUCCUCACCUCCAUCUUGGUGAAUUUCGUCCUAUUUAUUUGCAUCAUCCGAAUCCUGGUUCAGAAACUGCGACCCCCCGAUAUUGGGAAGAAUGACAGCAGUCCAUACUCGAGGCUGGCCAAGUCCACGCUCCUGCUGAUCCCCCUGUUUGGAGUGCACUACAUCAUGUUCGCCUUUUUCCCAGACAACUUUAAGGCUGAAGUGAAAAUGGUCUUUGAGCUCGUCGUGGGAUCUUUCCAGGGUUUUGUGGUGGCCAUCCUCUACUGCUUUCUCAAUGGUGAGGUGCAGGCUGAGCUGCGGCGGAAGUGGCGACGCUGGCACCUGCAGGGCGUUCUGGGAUGGAACCCCAAACACCAGAACCCGUGGGGAGGCAGCAGCGGCGCCACGUGCAGCACGCAAGUCUCUAUGCUGACCCGCGUCAGCCCCAGCGCGCGCCGCUCCUCCAGCUUCCAGGCCGAAGUCUCCCUGGUCUGAUCACCCCAGGCCCGGGGAACCAAGGCGGGCCCCUUCAGCCUCUUCAUACCCACCAUGGCCAGCACCCGGACAGAGGCCUGCCCGAACGUGGGCAGCCACAGGCUGAGGCUGGAAGGCUGCCCUGGAGCCCUGUUCAAACACUCCUGUAGAACUUUUGCACCUCUGCAGUACUUCUACGUGGGCUGGAGAGCUGGGAGCUCCUCCCCUGGAGGAUGCGAUGGAAAUAUCAUCAGACUCCUUCCUCCUCCAAAGGGUCCCCUGCCGAUCAAAGGCAAGAAAUCUGCAUACUCUCCUCCGGAUUGCUCCCGUGGUCUUUUCUGACAAAUCGAAUCGGAGCAAAGAAACUACCCAUCCUCAAAGUUUUUGUCAUCUGAGGGCAAAGAGGUUUUGUCCCUACAGAUCAUCCACCACCACAACCCUUAUGAUGCCUGAAAUUCCACCACUGCAGUCAAACUCCUUUAAUUUAAGCAUUGCCAUGCAGGCAUCUUCCUGAAGAGGCAGUGCCCCCCACCUCCCCGAUGCCCUCUUACCUGCCAUCUCUCCAGGUGAGUGAGUUUCUCUACCUCGGGCAGAUAAGAUUGUGGUUUGGAGUUUGUGUUUAGGGAGCACAGCUAUCUUUGUGAGACCCACUGAAGUGGAGUGGGUUCCAGCAUCUAUCAGGUUGGGCAAUGCAACCCAAGGACUGAGGAACUCUGGGGCCUUGGGAAGGAAGGAGACUGCAUCAGCAAAUGCUGAGACCUAACACUAAGCCCACCUGCUCUCCAAGCUUCCAUGGCUUCAUCUAUAAAGUAGGAUCAGUCACACCAGCCUUACGCACAACCAAAGCAUUCAAGAUCUUUUCUCCUUGGCUGCUCACCUAUGUGCCAACUAUUGAACUAGGCUCAGAGAUGUGCACUCAUGGGCCCUUUAAUCCUCACAUCAACCCAGCCAGGCAGGAAUUAAUCUCCCAAUUUCACAGAUGGGAGACUCUCUCUCAGAGAGAGCAGGUAUCUCACCCUGUCUUAUAGACAGGAAUUGAAUUCAGAUCUGGCUGAUGGAGAAGUGAAAACAUAAGACUCUUACUUUACUACCUUUUUAUGUAUUGUAACCAGCUAAAUCUUCUUGGCUUUUUGUAUUACCACUGAUAUUGUUAUUGCCAUUAUUCCUGAAUCCCCAUCACUACCCCAACCUUCAUGGACUGUGGCUGAGUCCUCUAGCCCAUGUGUCUCGACACAACAGUCUGGUGGUCAGAGUAUACUAUGUCUGUCAUUCACCCAUGUGGCCACGCAGCUUCUCAUCCAAGCCUGUGCUGGAAGAUCCCUUCCGACUGCAACAGGCUCAUGCAACAAUAAAUGUUGACUUUAAUUGGCUUGGUUCCCCCUGGUAGUUGUUGUUCCUAUGUGGCCUGGCUUCUUAUUUACAGCGUCUCCCCCUACUCCAAAGAGAGGUGAAGCCAGAUGCCUCCAUCCCUCUGGUUUUUGAUAGGAAUCCCAUGUUUCUGUGUGAGGAGCACAAAUUUUGAGGGAUUUCAAAUCACUUUUUGAGUUGUAUCCUCUCUCUUUUUAUGAGUGCAAUAAAGUUAUUACACAUCCACAUUGUGACUCCAACCCCCUAAAUCUAGCCCAAGGGGAGACCAUUUUAGUCUUGGACCAAUACAAUACAGCUGACAGAGCUGCCCAUGGUCCUAGAAAUGGUAAAAUUUCACAGGCCACAGUCAUUCCUGAAAGCAAGAAGGAAACAUGAAAUAUAAUGAUCAUAUAUAUAACCAUUACCUAGGGUUCAGCCAAGAGCAGAUAGAGGACAGAAUAAAUGUCACCAACAUGAGACAGGGAACAGAGACAGUAUGACUAACAGAAAGGCUUAGACCCAGAGACAGUAUGACAUCUGUCAGCAAGAGAUACCUCCAAAGCUGUUGCCCAAGCUGACCUCUUUGGGUUCCACCUCUGCAAAUUUGCAAAGAGCUUGUUUUGCUGGAAGAGCCAGUGACAGAUGCCAAACUGGUAAAAAGAGGUCAGAAAGGACUGGCAAAGGCUCAGAUCUGCCUACAAGCUUCCUAUAAAGCCCGUCCUGUUCAGUAACAUCCCAAGAUGUAUCCCACCAAAUGAGAGAACCCCAUGGACUGCUUGAGUUGUGUGAAGGUCAGGAGGAGCCCCAUGCAGGAGCUGGACCUGGGCCAUUCACCACAGUGCCUGAAAUCCUCUCAUGGCUUCAGGGUAAGGCAGGGAAGCCUGGAGGGGGAAGCAGGUAUUAUCCAAGAAGGCAGGGAGUGAACUAAGAAGAGAGACCCAAGAUGUGGACAACAAAAGUGAGAAGUGAGUUGGGGAUCCUGUUCAGAGAGGUGACAGGAGGUGAGAAGCAGAGUGCUGGGCAUUCCAGCUGGGAAGAAGCUGAAACAGUCUCAGGUGAAAGGCUUAGAAAACACAGACACCCCAGGCUGAGAACAGCCAUGAAGUUGAGCAGGAACUUCUCCCUUCACCUCUCGGGUUACCCUAGUUCCCAAGUCCCUCUCCUGCCUGGUCAGGCAACUGUGGAGCCAGGCUAACUCAUCUCUAUUGCCACCUGGUGGGUGCUUCAAGGACUUCACCAAGGCUGUCCUCAAUAUCUCCAUGCAGGUCCCUCUUCAGGAGGCCAAGUGACCCAGAAAGUAGACUCUGUCCUGAGCUCUAUUCAGAGUGAGAUGCAAAAAAAAAAAAAAAAAAAAGAAAAGAGGAAGUUGUAUAGCCACAGGACUGGUCCUCAGGUUUAGUCUGGGAUUAAGGAGACACAGGGCCUGGCCCUCAGACCAAGCCCCUAACCUCUACCAUACAUGAACCAUGCCUCUGACCCAGCUGUAACCCUAAGUAAGAGCCCCAGCCUCUGGACUGGCCACAGGCUAGACUCUGUUUCCCUACCGAGCCCUGACCCCAGACUCUGAAGUCAAGGCCAGUUAGCUCAGGUUAGUCAAGGCGCCCCCACCAUCCCAGCCCAGAGAGCUGCAAUCCCCUCUGCCGGAGAGGCCACCAUGUGGAUAAUUGUUGCCACUCCAGGGCACAGGCAAUCCAACGAAGCUUUCUGGUCUGCCAGCAGAAUUGAUGGAGAACAGUUUCUCAGUUGAGGUGACACUGAGGUGGUCUCUAAGGACUAGGUAGAGAUCUCCGAAUCUAUAGGCUUGUUGGGCGCCAGGGACACCUAAAUCCAGGUGAGCAGAUGCUGGGAGCUCUGUCUAGCAAGACAAAGGGGAGGGUUCACAAAUGAGGUUGAGGGGAAGUCAGGGGAUUUGUGGUAGGCCACUCUGGUUGCUGAAAAGGGCCCAAGGGUCAGAUCUGGGGAGGGUUUCCAGUUCAUCAACCAGGCAAGGGAGGAAAAAGAGAGCUGGGAGAGAAUGACAUGGUUUGGGACAUGCUGAAUUUAAUGUAUGUGGCACAUCUGGGGAGAAGCCCCAAAACUUUUGAAAUCAGGACCUGAGGAGGCAGAAAUGUGGAUGGCCAUGAUGGGGGAGCAUGUGCAGGGGUAUGUACCCCUAGACACCCCACACAGUGUGCUGGGCAGGAGUGGGGUGAGGAGUCAGAAUCAGUUCUGUCAUUUCCACUGCUUGCCCAGGGCCUGUUUUUAAUGAGCAGUGACCCAGAGUCCCCCUUCUCCCCCCAUGUGGGAACAGGAACUGCCCUUAUCUCUCCUGGGGGAGGGGGCCGGAGCCACAGCUGGCAGUCAUUAAACACCCUGCUUGGGGCAGGGAUGGUUGAGAUAUUAAUAGCCAGGAGUCAAUGGCCCUGGAGACAUAGCCUCCCAGGAAGAGGGACAGUAACUUCAACAGGCCAUGGGGACAAGGAGGACAGGUCAGGAGGCCAUCUUGGCAAAGCCCCAGCCUCCGUGCAUGACAGAUGAAGUCCAGAGAAGGGAAGGGAUAUGCUUGGGAUCACCAGUAAAGGCAUUGGUAGAGCCUGACCUUGAACCCUGUUCUCCACAUCCCAGAACCCUAACUCUUCUAUUGUAUGGAUUGGGAAGGGGAGAUCCUUGGGCAUGCCCUGUUGUGAAAACACAAGAAGAGCAGAUCUAGUUAGCAAUACUGAUUCUGUCUGUAUUUAAAAUCUUGAUAUUUUGUUCAUCAUGUAUUUUUUCAUUAAUUUUGAUUUUUUAACUAUUGCAUUAAAACAUUAUAUACCUUGA